GAUGAGAUGACAAUGAGCCCAAACUAUGAUCAAGCUCAGCCCAAACUACUAUCCUCAACUUCGUCUUACAGAAAGAGAGCUAGGGUUUUUCUCCUAAUGCCCUAGUCUGAGCUAAACGAGUCGAAUUACGAAACAUUGUCUGAGAGGAAGUGUUUUGAUCUAUACAUAUAUUGUUACACGGCUGUAUAUGGAAGAAAUACCAGGCUCACUUCGAGGGUGAGUACCUCCAGAAAGGGAGAGAAGAGAGGGAGAGGAGAGAAAUUGGUUAUUGUAUUGAUUUUGCACAAGGGAGAACACCUCUCUCUGUGAAGCCCGAACAGUCUCUGCCUCUCGCACAAGUGAAGCCCGAACGGAAUUGGAAUUCGUUCAAAGCCAUCUCUGGCAGCGCCCUGGUAACCCCCUUCGACGGUGGUCUUGGAGUGUAACAUAUAUUUGGAUCUUUGAAUUUGUUAGAGUUUUCAAGAUGGGACCUUCGAAGCGGUUGAAGAAAGCGCAAGACAGCGACAGUGAUUUCGAAGAUUACGAUGAUGGCAUGGAUAGCGAGAACUCAACUCAUGAAGAAGAAGAAGACGACGACGACGAUGAAGAUGGAGAGGAAGAUGAAGGGGAAGGUAUUGGUAGAGAUGCGGAGAUGGAAGAGCUUGACAAAGAGUACAAGGCUCUUCAGCGCCAGGAGCUAGAUAUUCUAAAGGAUAUGAAGCGUCACAAGGAUGAAGAUCUUCUUAAGGGUCAGGCAGUGAAGAACCAAAAGGCUCUCUGGGACAAAACUCUGGAAUUCAGAUUCUUACUUCAGAAAGCGUUCUCAAGUUCAAAUAGAUUACCCCAGGAGCCAGUUAGGUCUUCAUUCUGUGAUUCAGAUGAGGAUGUCAAUGUAGCAUAUUCAAACCUGAUUACCUCAUCUAAGAAGACUUUAGAUUCUCUAUUGGGAUUACAAGAGGCUUUGCUUGAGAAAAAUCCUUCUAUUGUUCAACCCACAGAUGGUAAUUUUGGAAGAUCAUCCAAGAUCUCAGAAGCUGAUAUGAACUCUAGUGUUGAAGGGGAUGAAGAUUGGUCAAGGGUUUCUCAGCUGCAGAUGAGGAUAGCUUCCUUCAGAGACAAAUCAAUAGACAAAUGGCAGAGGAAGACACAGGUGACAACCGGUGCUGCUGCCAUGAAAGCCAAAUUGCAUGCUUUUAACCAGAAUAUUAGUGAGCAAGUUGCUGCCUAUAUGAGAGAUCCAAGUAGAAUGAUCAAGCAGAUGCAACUGAGGAAAUCAACAGUUGGCAUAUUUGGGAGUGGUCUUGGAAGGGAGGAUAAUUCUGAGAGAGAGGAAGUACAACCCGAUGGUGACCCUGAACUUCUAGACGACACCGAAUUUUACCAGCAAUUAUUGAAGGAAUUCUUUGAGAUGAUUGACCCAACAUCAUCUGACUCAGCCUUUUAUGCUUUGAAAAGGUCGCAAACUAAGAAGAGAAAGAUGGUUGAUCGGAAGGCCUCGAAGAGUCGUAAAAUAAGGUACCAUGUUCAUGAAAAGAUUGUCAAUUUUAUGGCUCCUCAGUCCAUGGAUCUUCCGCCUAUGGCACCUAAAUUAUUUGAGAAUUUGUUUGGGUUGAAAACCCAAAAACCAGCUUCUGUAGUCUAGUGUACUCAUGCACAAGUGAGGCAGCCUUAAAGUCGUAUGAAGUCAUAGGCUUGCCAAUUUAUAAUAUCAGUUAAACGAAAUUUUCUUUGUAUUUAUUUAGUUGACUCGAUAAAGCUUUA